CGAGUGUUAAGGAGGAAGUGAAUGAGGAGUUGGCAUCAGAUAAACAUGAAGGUGUGUUGAAGUUAUUAUCGCUGAUAUUGGUGGUUAACAUCUGUUUUUGACAUCAUGAAGAUAAAUGAGAACACUUUACUGGAGGGACACAAAGUCGUGCUGGUUCCUUACAAUGCAGACCACGUGCCCAGGUAUCACGAGUGGAUGAAGUCUCCUGAGCUGCAGCAGCUGACCGCUUCAGAGCCGCUGACCCUGGAACAGGAGUACGACAUGCAGAGGAGCUGGAGGGAAGAUCAUGACAAGUGCACGUUCAUCAUCUUGGACAAGCAGCAGUGGGCAGACACCAGCGUCGAAGAAGAGCAGUGCAUGGUGGGAGACGUCAACAUCUUCCUGACUGACCCCACAGAGCCAUCCUUGGCUGAGCUGGAGAUCAUGAUUGCAGAGCCCAGUUACAGAGGCAAGGGCAUUGGGAAAGAGGUGACACGCAUGAUGAUGUGCUACGGUGUCACCAAACUUGGGGUGAAAAAGUUCCAAGUGAAAAUUGGGUUGGACAACCAGGUCAGCAUCUCCAUGUUCAAGAAACUGCAUUUCCAAGAGGUGUCGGUGUGUAAGGUGUUCAAAGAGGUGACCCUCGAGAUGACUGUGGACGAGGCUGUUCGGACAAGGCUGCUGGACGAGACGGCGGACAUGAAGGAGAGAGACUACAGACUGACCUGCAGCAAAAGACAGGAACUGGUUUAACAGUGAACUGCCGUGCUGAGCUGCACUCACACGUAGUUAAAGACUUCCAGCUGUGAAGGAGACCAUUCUGCACACAAAUGAGGGAAAUCUGAGACGCCAAGCUGAAAACUAAUGUGUGGUUUCACUUUCACACCUUCACAGCAUUGGACUGCUAUCUGUAAUACCAGAGUAAUUGUGCAUUUUAUACCUACAGAGGUGCAGUUUUGAUGAUCUGGUUCUGUGCAUAAAUAUUUUAAUCUUAAAAUAUACAGUAUUCUACUUCAACAGCUACAUUUCAGAGGCAAAUGUUGUACCUUUAAUGUUAAUAUAUGCAUCUGACAGGUGGAGUUACUAGUUACACUGCAUGCGUAUGUGUAUACCUGAUCAUCACAACUCCAAGUCACUCCGAAACCAUGGGCAUUACUCUGCUACUAUAACAGCCUUCUCUCUUCUUUGAAGGCUUUCUGCAAGAUGUUGGAACCUGGCUGCAGGAACCUGUUCCCAUUCAGCCACAAGAGUAUUAAUGUGGUUGGUCACUGAUGUUUGGUGAUAAUGCCCGGCUCACAGUCAGCGCUCAGGUGCAUCCGGAAGGUGUAGGAUGGGGUCAGGGCUCUGUGCAAGCCGGUUACUGUUGAAACAGGAUCUUUCCCAAACUGUUGCCACGAAAGUGGAAGCGCACUGAUGUCUAAAAUAUAAUUUUAUGCCGUACCAUUGAGACUUGCCUUAACUGAAAGGGACCCAACUAAACUAAAAAAACAACCAUCCAUAUAUUUCUGGCCAUAUAGUGUAUUUUUAUUGGACAGUAACACAUGCAUAAAAAUACCAUCACCAUGACAAUAUACAUUUACCAGAACUGUAACAUGAUAACAUGAGAAAGUUACAAACUUAUUUCUAUUGUGGUCCUCGUUGUAGUCUGACAAAGAUGGCAAGGUAAGCCACGGAUGACUAAAGGUAUCCUGUACACUCAACCCUUACAAAAUACAACCAAAAGACCGAACACAUCCUAAUACAAAUAAUAAUUAAUACAUGUACAUACAAUUAAAAUACACUGUAAGACUUAAUAAAAUCUUAGUCUAAUUAGUAAUAGUAUAUCUGUAUAUUGCAGAUCCACAUUUUAAACUUGCAUAACAACUGUGUGUUUCCUUCUUUCUUUCUGGUACUUUCUGGUGCCUCUUCUACUUCCUCCUUAAAAGUUCACAAGGUCCCAUUAAAUUGGCCUUUUCACCUCAGACAGUAUUAAUAGGGAAUAUAUUAGAUGUAUCCUUGUAUACAUCUAAGAGGCCAAGUACCUGCACUAUGUCCAGACAACUGCUUUUCUCUGAAGUAUUUAUAGUGGUCUUUCGUGCUGACAGACAUGAGAAGACGGUGCGUUAAAGGCAAGACGAUGAACGGUGGAAACAAUCUGUGGUUUUUAUAUCUGGUAUUUUCUGGAAAUGGUUCAUUCUUUUUUGGUUUGGCGAAAGGCAAGUUUGUGUCUCUUUAAAUUUGAUUAAAUAAACUAAUUCUGACUUUU